GGCUCCAACAACUUUAUCGACCAAAUCAAAUGCAGGGGCUGCGGCGAACUCCUGUACAAGUACAACUUCGCGAAGGUCAACGACCAGAUGCUGCUGCAGUGCGUGCGCUCGAGGCAGUACUUCGACCGCCUGGAGACCACGGGCUCAGCUCAGCCUGGCCAGGCACACCCGACGGGGCCCUCCAGCGCCACGGAGGACGAGGUGAUCAGGAAGCUAACGGACGCGGAGGUGGAGCAGAUCAUCGAGAACGAGAGGAUGAAGAUAAGGGAGGAGGAGCGCUCGCGCCUCAUCAAGGCGAUCCGCAUGCCGACGAGCUCGGCCAGCAGCACGACGGAGGCGAUCCGCAUGCCGAACGAGGCGAUCCGCAUGCCGACGAGCUCGGUCAGCCAGCAGGAGCCGGACACCGUGAUCACCAUGGUGGUCGACGAGAGGAGCUUCGUGCAGCAGCCGCCCCCGGAGCCGGACGGAGGCUUUCAUCAUCUGGCGUGA